AACUUCUUCCCAACAGAGAUCUUAAACCAUCUAACCGCUCCCCACAAAGAAAACAAAGGCAGCAAAAGCCACCAUAUUGGUCCAUUACUUCAACCACACUCUACUUCCAAUCAUUCAGAAAUGAAAGUUAGAACAUUGAUUGCCUUCAAAUCCAAGCUUCUAAAUCCAUGCAGAAAACUCCAGCCAAUCUUCAAGUUCAGAUUCAAAAGACCCUUCUUUUUAAGGGCUCUUCAAGUUCGUAGACGUCCACGCCAGAGCGAAACCAGAAAGACACCGCCAAAGAACCGGUUUACUGCCUUACUAUCACUCUUCCGUUUCCAAAGGCAAGAAAAAGAAAUGGACCGUGUCAGGGAGCUUAGGAGCAUCUCUGAUGCAGGGCAAGAAAGAAGGCUAUUCCCAUCACCUCUUACACCAGCUUCCAUGAAGGCUGGUGCUGCUGGUAAAAGGGUAGCUUCAGGUCAUGAAGAUCUGGAAGAUGCAUGCAGGAGUUUCGAGAACUAUUUGGUGGAGAUGAUUGUGGAAGAAGGCAAAGUGAGGGACUUGAUGGACGUGGAAGAGCUUCUCUAUUGUUGGAAGAACCUCAAGUGCCCUGUUUUCAUUGAUUUGGUCUGUAGAUUCUACGGAGAGCUAUGCAAGGACUUGUUUUCUACCGAUGAAGAGGAUAAUGAAGAAAGUACCCGGUGAUUUUAAAGUAUGAACAGAAAUUUCUGAGUGCAGAACCGCAUUCUGGUCCUUUUCUUUUACUGUUUUUUCCCCCUUUUUUAGACCUCUCUUCUGUAUUCUGAGAAUAAUUAAAGAGUAAAGCACAAGCCCUUUGAAAUCCCUCGGUAUAAAUGCGUACUAGCUCAUAUUGUAAGGUCUAGAACCUCUCUGAGAGGUUACAAACAGAGAAAUGAUAACCAAAGUUUCCCUA